UCCAGUCCGUCGACCUUAAAGUAUAUAAGAAAGUACAAGUCCGACGAACGAUCACAGUAGCAACCUGAAGAUUACUGACAGUAUUCCAUCGUCCGAUAAACUCGUCUUGCGAAAAACACUUCACGUUCACUAAUCAACAAUCAACAUGAACCGUCUGUCAAUAAUAUUGGCAAUUGCCUUUGUCAGUUACUCACUGGGUGCACCGCAAAACAUUUCUGAAUCGCAAAAUGGAGACCAAAAUCAUGGCCUAGAGCACGGCAGCGGCCAAGGACUUGAGAAACAGGACGGAUUUGGAGAUGCAUCCACAUCAGAUCCCAGCCAAAUAAAGGAUUUCAUACGCUUUUAUAUACCUAGAACAGGAAUAUCCAAUUCGCAACAGCCAAAAGACCCUAAAAAUCCCAACGGAGGAACUCUCGAUGGUCUAACGUAUCCUAGAAUCUGUGCAGUAGCUUGUGGUUCGGGAUUGGAAACUUACCCAUGUUUGAUGUGUAUGAAUAAAUUUCUAAAACAAAAUAAAAUAAUUUGAUAUAGUUAAAUUGUAAAAUUUAUAUAUAUUUAGUAUUUUGAAUACAAUUUUUGUUAAUUUUUUUGUUUACGAAGAAUGCAAUUUUAAGCAAUUAUAUUGUAGAAAUCAUUUUAACUUGUACAAAAAUAUAUGAAAAUGUAAUAAUGUUAUUUUAAAUAUAAAAAUGCUAUAUUUU